CCCCAUCUUCACUCCCAGAAUUCAGAAACAAAAAACAAAACAAAAAAACGAAGAUUAUUAAGAAAAAGAAAUGGGGAAUUGCUUGUUUGUGGAGGAGAAACCGAUCAGAAUCAUGAAAUCCGACGGCAAAAUCCUGGAAUACAAAUCCCCGACCAGAGUUUUCCAAGUCCUCUCGGAUUUCUCCGGCGGCCACGCCAUCGCCGACGCCGUUCCGGUCACCCACCAUCUCCACCACAGCGCCAAGCUCCUCUCCGGCCAUCUCUACUUUCUCAUCCCGACCGAUUCGGCUCCGGAAGCCGAGGAAAAGCCGAAGAAGGCGGUCCGGUUCGCUGUUCCGGAGAAGGAAACCGGCGAAGGCGAAAUCAGCGGCGGGCGUGCGAUUCGGAUAAAGGUGGUGAUGACGAAGAAGGAGCUGGAAGAGAUGAUUGAAAAUGGGGGGAUUUGGGGCGAUGAAAUGAUGAGUAAGAUUAAAAGUAGUGGAGAAAUUAGUUGCAGAGAUGAAUUGGAAAAGGAGGAAUUGCAGAGAUGGAAGCCCGCUCUCGAAAGCAUACCGGAAACUGAAAUUGAUUGCAAUACCUAACUUCUUCUUCUUCUUCUUCUUCUUCUUCUUCUUCCAUUUGAUCUCUGUAUUACAAUUACAAUUACAGUUUCUCUGUUAGUUUAGAUAUACACAGAGUAAAGUAAAAGUAAAAGUGUAACAAACUUCAAAGAUGAUGAUAGAAAGCAACAUAGUUUUGGUCACAUAAUUAA